AUGGCCGACGAAGAAACGAACGCCCACAAGUACCGCCUGAGGGUAACAGCAGGGCCGGAAUACGAUCCGAACACUCACCAAGUGGUCCCCGUAAACGGCGAGACACUUCGAAUCGAAAACGACCACGCAAUAAUCAGUCUCUGCGUGCGAAUCCAAGAUUACACAGGCUACCCGGAGGGCUCAGCAUCUACAAGCCCAUAUUUCGAACAUCCACUACACACAAAAGACCAGUACUCAAUAUCCUUCUCAAUAAUCUUCAAAGAAUCCGUAAACGGCAACAAUCUCGUCUUCGGCAAUGACUUCGACAGACCAAUCCGCGACAUCCUCCCGCCAGGCUUCAACGCAGCCCUGCGCAUGGUCAAAUGGACCCUCGACCCGAGUCUAGAUGGCGAUGCGUACGCCGAUAGACCGUAUCUGUUUAGUCCGGCACUGGCUACGUUUAAUUAUUUCCGGAUUGGUGAAAAGAUGGGCAAAUCGGAUGAGCUGCCGACCCUUCAUAAUGAGGUUGUUGAAGAGGGCGCUGAUGGUGAGGAGGCUACUGAGAUGCGGCGGAUGUUCCCUGAUGCGGAUUCGAGGAAGAAAUUCUUCCAGAAUGAAGCUAAUCGGAAGGAGUUUGAGUUUGAGGCUGGGAGGUUGUAUCUGGUUGAUUUUGGGAAUCCGUAUUUGGCUUUUAGUGAUUUCUCUGUCCGGCUUCCUGGUAUUACUAUCCAUGCUAUGAAGUAUGUGAGUGAUAAGGAUCAUGACUUGCGUUAUGUUCUUAAGGAUGCGACAACGGGCCGGGUGUAUCUUGUUAUUAUGUUUACGGUUGUCCUACGUGAUAACGGGCCGGAUCAAGGGUACACUCAGACCGACGACAAGGGCAGCUUGGGGAAAUUUGACUGGGAAUCGGAGCCAUCGGCGGCUGAUGUUGAGUGA